AUUUAGUAUGGCAGUAAAUACAACCAUGGGAUAAUUUGCGCCGGUAAUUUCUUAUACUUUUGCUGUUUUAGUGUAAUAAUUUAAUGGUUUCAGCAUUUUUUCGGGUUUUGGAAGUAUUUGUGUUCUAAAAUAUCUGAUUUUUAGUUUUACUUUAAUAUAAAUUGUAAAACCACGAUGUCUGAUGAUGAUGAUAUCAAAUAUGUGAAACGUCAGAGAACAUUGCAUUACGGUUCACUUGAAGAAUCAGAACGUAAACGGCUUGCCGCGUCUUCGGCCGGAAUUCCAGCAUCGUCUUCGUCGCAAUUAGAGGACAUCGAUUCCGAUGAAGAUUAUGAGGAACAAAAGAAGUCUGCACCGUCCCCGCCAGCUGCACCUCUUCCCACUGCUGGAGCUUUAGUGAACAAAAUAGACGAUGAUUUUUUUGAUUUGGAAACAGAAGUUGCUAAAGAUAAGGUAGCACUUUUGGAAGAGUUUGAGCGCAAGAAGAGAGCACGCCAAAUUAAUGUAUCAACCGAUGACGCGGAAAUUAAACGCAACUUAAGGUACUUGAAUGAACCAAUUUGUUAUUUUGGUGAAGGGCCAGCAGAGCGACGUAGACGGCUUAAAGAACUGUUGGCAAGCCUGGGUGAAAAUGCCAUUAAAGAAAAGAAGAAUGAAGAGGAGGAACGUAAGCAACUGCAAAAGGAGCAGGAAAGUACAUGGUACCACGAAGGUCCGGAAACAUUGAGAGUAGCUAGGCUAUGGAUUGCUGAUUAUUCCUUGCCGCGUGCAAAAUGUCGUUUAGAAAAAGCGCGCCAAAACUUGAAAGUACCAAGUGCCACCAGAGCCGGUAGAAUGGUGGAAUUGCAGAAACGUUUACAAUCUUUAUCGGCGCACAGUAGUCAAGUGGGAGAUACUCGCCCACUGAGCGGAUGUGCUUUUAGCAACGAUUCAAAAUUUUUGUUAACAUCGUCUUGGUCCGGACUCUGCAAAUUAUGGAGUGUCCCUGACUGUAAGUUGCAGCAAACAUUGCGUGGACACACAAGUUAUGUCGGCGGUGUUGCAUUUCGCCCAAAUGUACAACAUGAUGAGAAAAACAUUGUAGCCAUGGCUUCAGGUGGUCAUGACGGAGCAGUUAAACUAUGGUCCUUUGGUUCUGAGGAAUCUAUUGCAGAUAUUACUGGGCAUAUGCCUCAUCGAGUAUCCAAGCUUGAUUUUCACCCUUCUGGCCGAUUUUUAGCUACAGCGUGCUACGAUGCCUCAUGGCGCCUUUGGGAUUUAGAGCAAAAAACCGAAGUUCUGCAUCAGGAAGGCCACGCGAAAUCGGUACAUUGUUUGGCUUUCCAAGCUGACGGCAGUGUUAUUGUUACAGGUGGAUUGGAUGCUUUUGGACGUGUUUGGGACUUGCGUACAGGUCGUUGUAUUAUGUUCCUCGAAGGACAUUUAGGCUCGAUAUUUGGAGUCGAUUUUUCACCGAACGGUUUUCAUAUUGCUACUGGUUCACAAGAUAAUACUUGCAAAAUAUGGGAUCUAAGACGACGUCAAUCUGUGUACACAAUUCCUGCACAUGUUAAUCUGAUUUCGGAUGUGAAAUAUCAACGUGACGGCGGCAGUUUUCUUGCUACGUGUUCUUAUGACUGCACAACCAAAAUAUGGUCUAACAAAACUUGGCAACCGCUAAAGACACUGGAAGGCCACGAUGCGAUAAGCAAAGUCGGCUCAAGAGUCCGCGGUAGAAAAGUUUCAAAUUUAGACUGUAACGGUCUGAAUUCGACCGUCAAUUUUUCUGUAUCCGAAAUCAUUUAUGUCGAGCUUCAGAGGUCGUGAUAGACGUGAACUUUUCUCAGAGGGCGUUUAUUGGGCCAUACACAAUAAAUAUAUCUGGUUUCUCCAGUGCAGUUCACAUCCCUAGCUUAUAGCGAUUGUCUAACUCUCUGGAGAGUGCCGAUUACGAAAAAUGAAUCCGUUUGCCAUCGGGCGCCGUAAGGUAAAGUUUAUAACAGUCGCUCACGUUAAACAAAAGCGACAUUUGUCAAGCACCGGAAAUCACAAGAAUUUUGAUCAGAGACUACUACAGCUAAAAAUGAUAAAGAAAUGGGAAAUAUCAGUGUGCAUAACGGUUGAAUUCGAUGGUUUUGGUCUUCGUUCACAUAAAAUAACUGUUUUCUACUCAAUAUUAUUGAUUUAUUUAGCGUACGCCGACGCUUAAAAUUCCUCUUCGUCCAAAUUCAUCAUAUUUGUUGUUUAUUUGGAGAAAUCUACUGGCGAAGCCCAUCAAACUCGUGCACACCAGACUUAUGAUGAUGUUUGUCCAUCCAAACCGCGGGCUUGCGGGACCGUUGAAGAAGGGGCAAAUUGCCCAUUUAAUGAUAUCGCCAUUUUGCACAAAAAUAUUAUAAAAUAUAGUAGUAAGUGAUUGCAACUAAUUUGAUUAAUCUACGUUGUACCAAUUUUCCGCAAUAAAUGCGUUUUUCAAGUGAAAAACUGAUCAAAAUUAAUGCAAACACCUAAUAUUAGUUUAGGGA